ACGUCACCACAACGGCGUGACCUUUACGCGACCUGUGACGCACGCUUGCGGGAGGCGUAGCGGCUGCUGCAUCGCAAACAUGGCGUCUGUUUCUGAAUUAUAUGAUGUAACCUGGGAAGAAAUGCGAGAUAAACUUAGAAAAUGGAGAGAAGAAAAUUACCGGAACAGCGAGCAGAUAGUUGAUGUUGGAGAAGAGCUAAUUAACGAACAUGCCUCAAAGCUUGGAGAUGAUAUUUGGAUCAUUUAUGAACAAGUGAUGAUUGCUGCCCUGGACUGCAGCAGAGAUGACUUGGCGUUGACCUGCCUUCAAGAACUGCGCAGGCAAUUUCAGGGCAGUCAUAGAGUGAAGAGGUUGACCGGCAUGAGAUUGGAAUCUUUGGAAAGAUAUGACGAUGCCUUCAAAAUAUAUGAUGCCAUAUUGCAAGAUGACGCCACCAACACAGCUGCAAGGAAGCGUAAGAUUGCCAUUCUCAAAGCCCAAGGGAAAAGCACAGAGGCCAUCCGAGAGCUGAAUGAAUAUCUGGAACAAUUUGUUGGGGACCAAGAAGCAUGGCAUGAAUUAGCAGAGCUUUACAUCAACGAACAUGAUUAUGCCAAAGCAGCAUUUUGUUUAGAGGAGCUCAUGAUGACCAAUCCACACAAUCACUUAUUUUGUGAGCAGUAUGCAGAGGUUAAAUAUACUCAAGGUGGAACUGAAAAUCUAGAACUGUCAAGAAAAUAUUUUGCUCAGGCUUUGAAGCUGAACAACAGGAAUAUGAGAGCUUUGUUUGGGCUUUACAUGGCUGCAAGUCACAUAGCUGCAAGUCCAAAAGUGAGCGCUAAAGUAAAAAAGGACAACAUGAAGUACGCAGCGUGGGCAGCCAAUCAGAUCAACAGAGCUUACCAGCUGGCUGGCCAUGAAGCAAAGGGGACAAAGUGCUCAGUGAAGGCGGUGGAGGACAUGUUGGAAGCCAUGCAGAUCACACCAUCAUAGACCUGAGUCAAGUUGUCUGUCGACCGGCAGCUUUGCUCGCCACACCACCGGAGCUUUUCAGAGAAGAAUUCAUCUUUAAACACUGUGCAUUCACUACCGUCAUCAUUAUGGAGUUCAACAUGAAAAGGAUCGGCUCAGUAGCUCCAAUAAAGGACUGAUCACCAACAUAACUGAUAACUGGGACUUGUUACUGUUGGCGUCCUGUCUAAUUUAUUGACCACCUGCCGGUGGCCACGUAAGACUGAGUCGGUAAUAUUGGAUGAAGGUUUUAUUUAUAAGUUACUACUACAUUAAUUCAGCCUCCUUCUGAUGUUUUCCUUUUUCAGUUGUAAGGUACAAUUUAACUUGCUUGUUAAUACUUUCAUUUUAACUUGACUGAUGAUUAAACGUUUUAUAUCCAGCA